AUGAAUUUCACUCCCGCUCGCAGUUACAACCCGAAGGAAGGGCGCUCGCAUCACGGUGGCCUUCUCCAUGCGGGCCCUAUGCGAAGAGGCAACCGUCGCGUCGUUGGUCUUGUUGCUCUUGGACUUAUUGUAUUCGGAUUUUUCUUCUUUGGCGGCACUUCAUUCACAUCUAAUACACCUUCGACAUAUAUACCAGGAAAUGGGGCCAGAAAUCAGGUCCCUGUAAAGGACCCGCCAAGGAAUCCUGCCGCUGCUGACGAGAAAACGACGCCCUACAAAGCUCCGGCCCAAGAAGUCUAUGUCCAGGACGAGGAACGGACUGGACCUUACAGUAGUACUCCCAAACCUGGUGGAAAGAAGGGGUAUGGAAGCUCGUCGCCCGGAGACGUCGCACCUGAUGAGGAGCCUGUCACCAAGGGCUCGAAGUCGAAACCGAUUGCAAUUAGUGGUGGGAAAGUGAAAUGGUCGGAACGGCCGCUGUUCGAGAAGGCACUCGCCAAGGUCAUCAACAUGCUGCCAGGAGAGAUGCAUAUGCGCGACCUGCUACGUCCCGUUGAAGGCACUGGCAAGGAAAGGAUCCGCGAGAUGGGCCUUCGGACCCGCGCCUACAAAUCGUACUUCGAAGCGUGGGAGGAUCUUCACCUCGAUACGGACGACGAGGGCGGCACCUACGUCCGCGACGAUGUUGUGCAAUAUCUUCGCAGCCACGUGCACGGUGAGACCAUUGCAGGCCUCGAGAAUCUGGAUCUAGCCCAACAGAUCCGCACUUACGAGAGCUACCGAUACUUUUUGGCCAAAUUCGGUCAAAUGCUCUUCCCAUGGACCGCGCCAUACUUCAGCGACCACAUGUCUCUCCACGCGCACUUCAAGCGUGGCGGCCGGGGCAUCGUGCUUACUGCUGGCGACGAUCAAGCGCCAUACCUUCUCACAUCAAUCCCCAUACUGCGCGAACUCGGCUGCAAGUUGCCAGUCGAGGUCAUGUACCUGGGCGACUCGGAUCUCUCCGAGGACUUCCGCUCAGAUCUCGAAGCAAUGGAUGGCGUCGUGACCCGCGACAUCGCGCAAAUGGUCAACGACGAAGGUUGGCGUUUGGCAGGAUGGGCAGCAAAGCCAUUUGCGGUGCUCUUCUCCUCAUUUCGCGAGGUUAUCUUCAUCGAUGCCGAUUCGCUCUUCUUCAAGAAUCCGGAAAUCAUGUUCGAGGACCCGGGCUACAAGAAGACUGGUGCGCUUUUCUUCAAGGAUCGUAUGAUCAUGCCUGAGAACAAAAAGCGAUUACUGCAGCAGUUGCUCCCUAAGCCGAUCAGCAAGCAGGUGAAGCAGUCGCGAUUCUGGCUUGGCGAGUCCGGGCAUAUGCAAGAGUCAGGGGUUUUGGUCAUCGACAAAUGGAAGCAUUUCAUCGCUAUGUUAAUGGUGACACGCAUGAACGGACCGGAUCGUGAUGGCAACAAGGAUGAGGGGAGGAUUGGUGUCUACGAUCUCGUUUAUGGCGACAAAGAGACAUUCUGGCUCGGCUGGGAGCUCGUCGGCGACCCAGAGUAUGUCUUCCACCAAGGCGAUGCCGGCAUCAUGGGCGACCUGAACCGGGACGCCAUGACUACCAAACAGCGCGAAGAGACAGAGCAAAAGAAGGGCGAAGAGUAUGAACGCAAGAAGGAAGAAGAGAGAAAGCGCAAAGAAGAACAGCAGAAGAAGGACGAAGAAGUCCAGCAUCGCCUCGCGGAAGAGCGCGAGAAGAAGAAGGCCGAGGAGGAGGCCAAGAAGCCACCACCUAGUGAAGCCGAAGGCGAAGACCAUCACGAGGACGAGAACAAAGACGCACCGAAAGCACUCCGCAAACGCGCCGCAAUCGACACUUCUGGAGGCGCCCCCGAAGAAGCCCAACAAGCCGCACAGCCCGAACGCCGCGCGCCGACAGAAGACGCCGCAGACGACGACGACGAGCCUACCCCCGCCCCACAACCAGGUCCCGGCGAGAACAGCCCAGAGUCAUACACGCUCUGCUCUCCACAACUCCUCCAUCUCGACAUCGACGGCUCGCCGCUCUGGUUCAACGGCUGGCUUCUGGACAACAAAUUCGCGGACAAGUCGAAGAAGAAGUUUGGGACGUUCAAGCAUUACCUCAUGGAGCCAAAGACUAUGCGUGAGCCGACGCCGUGGCAGCUGCACGAGAACAACGAGUGCUGCUUGACGGUGGAGCGGGAGCGGAUGAGGGUGUUUAGUAAGGAGGAGAAGGCGUUGUUGGAGCGGAUGAUGGAUAAGGCGAGGCAAGUGGCGCGCCUGGGUCUUGAGAAAGUUCUUGACUUUCUUGGAACGAAUGCAGCGCCUCGAUUGGCCAGCGAUGCGCGCGCAGAGAGCGACAAAAAUAUCGGAUGA